AUGAACGCUACGCAACCGAACGGCAAUCGUAGGGUGAUUCGUCUUAACUUCAACCUGCCUCGACGGGCAUCCCGCAACAUGGCGGGCUUUGACUUUGAGCCCGGCGCUUUCGACCAAAGCCACGAGGAGGACGACUUGUCCGCGGAAACUGACUGGCGGUGGUCUCGAGAGCCAUCGCCAGCGCCGGACGUUCCGACCCGUCAUCCCAAGUACUACAUAGACGAAGGGAACGUGGUAUUCCUUGUUGAGAAUCGGUUGUUGAAGAUACAUCGCUUCUUCUUGACCCGCGAGUCUGAUUUCUUCCAGACCCUAUUCACCCUCCCGCCGCCUGAAGGUGUGCUCGAGGGGUCCUCAGACACCCAUCCCAUCCAUCUCGGCGAGAAUAUGAACAUCACACUCAAACAGAUAGAGGCCUUCCUGAACUACAUCUACCAAGGCAUGCACGAUGACCGCAGGGUCUCCCUGUCAGAAUGGACUGCCCUUCUCUCCAUCGCGAGCCGCCUGGACUGUCGCCGAAUGAAACGGCGCGCGCUACGCGAGAUCGAAUCCGCCGACCCGCCCAUGGACCCCAUCCAGCGUAUUCGCCUCGCAACCGAACACGACGUCUCCGAGUGGCUCCGACCGGCGUACGAGGCCAUUUGCCAGCGUGAGGAUGCUAUCUCACCCGACGAGGCGGAGCAAAUCGGAGCGCGCACGACGGCGCUGCUGGCCAUGGCGCGUGAGCUCGUGCGCGCGCGCCCCCCGAUGCGGAUGAGCUCGGCCGCUGGACCGAGCAGGUUUCAUCAUCCGACACUAGGAUGGAUCCCUGUCGGGGCACGCAUACCUGGCGGCGCCCUGUUCGAACCCGAAGAAGUGACGCGCGUCGUCAACGAGGUCUUUGGGCGGCUAUGA